UCAUUGAUUACAUUUGUAUACAUUGAUUCAAUAAAGAAAGAAACUGAUGAAUCGUACAGCUACAAAUCCAUGAUACUUCAUUUACAAUUUUAUAAUAUGUUCAAUCAGACCAUCUUUUUCAAAAGACGUAAGCAAAAUAGUUACGUGCUAAACGUAUGAAAGAAAUACGAGACUUCAACUAUUGGUUGGCGAAAAAUAUUCAAUUGUUGAAUGUGGGAUAAUAGCUCUACAGUUUAUUUUUAGGAUUUCUUUGACUUCUUGUCCGAAAAAUAAUAAAGGCCUCUAAAUUUUGUUAAUACGCUCCUGAUCUGAUCACGUGUAUUAGUCAUGAUUCAUAAAAAAGGUAUGAAUCACGUCAUGUUCUAUCUCGAACUUAGCUAUUAACAUCCUUCUAAAACUGAAAGGUCUACCGAUAGAAGAAGUUGAAUUUUUCGUAGCAUUAAAAUUUUUCCAACGUCAUCUAAAUCACUUGUGAGAUCUGUUCAUCAGAAUUAUACAGAUUGUAUUCAUAAUGUGGCAAUCAAGUACAUUUAUUAUCCAUAUGGCUAUUAUUAGCAUGGGUUUCAUUCACGGUGUUUUCGCUAUAACGAUGUCAUUUUGUCCGGAGAAAUUCGAAGACGAUCUUAGUUUGAACUUUGAAGAACCUAUGGACAAGUGCGACAAUCCAGAACAUGGCAUCAUAAAACUUAAUAACAUUGAUCUGAAAGUACUAAACGAUAAUUUUAUUGAAAGUGCCAACGUGCGAUCCAUCAAUCUCGAAAACAACUCUAUCAUUGAUAUCUCUCCGGAUGCUUUCAAAGGUGUUCCAAAUUUGAUCUGUCUCAAUCUUGGACAGAACAAUGCAAUCAAUAUAUUCAACAAAUUUUUAAAUUAUUUUUACCACCCUUCAUUAGUGAAACUAAACUUACAUCGAGCUUCUGAAAAAAAUAUUAUGUCCGAUUAUAAAAAUCUACGUUCAUAUCGUGACACUGCAUUAGAAAGUUUCCUACCUCAUGUCACACAUUUGGAUAUUAGCGGAAAUAAUUUAGAAUAUUUACCUAAGUAUCUCAAAUAUUCAUUUCCCCGUUUAACGCAUCUUUAUUUGUCGGAUAAUGGAUUGUACAGAUUGUACGAUAUUCCUGCGUCAACACGAGUUAUAUAUCUUGAAAGAAAUUUUUAUAAUAUUGAAGCGUCGUAUUUUCCAAAAAAUAUUUCUGCUUUAUUUCUUAAUGAGAAUACUAUAAGCAAUUAUAUUAGCGACUUUCCUAACCUUAAUACAUUGUCUAUUCGUAACUGCAAGAAUAAUUAUAUGGAGAUUUUCCGAAUUCGAAAUUGUGAAAAUCUUGUUGAUUUGGAUAUGUCAUCAAAUAAAAUUAAAUCUAUUUAUGAAGAUGACUUUAAAACAUUGAAAUCUUUGCAACGUCUUUCUUUAGAUAAUAAUACUCUUUCAUCCUUAUCUUUUUUGACCCAUUUGUCUUCUCUCACAGAUCUGUCCAUAGCAUAUAAUAAUUUAACCAAUAUUACGUCGGAUUCUUUUGCAAAUCUUCGGAUUUUGAAAACACUAAAUUUGCGUGGAAAUCGUAUUUCGAUAAUUUCGAAAAAUGUUUUCUUGAGUUUGAAUAUGUUAGAAAAACUUGAUCUUGCGGAAAAUAAUCUCACUAAACUUCCUUCUCGAUGGUUGAUUAACUCGAGAAAACUACGUUAUCUUAAUCUAAAAUUGAAUCCGUUUACUAGCCUCGAUAGUAUGUCUGUGUAUGGUUUACCUAACCUGAAUAAGUUAAUUUUUGGGAACAAUAGUUUUACACAAAUCGAAAUAGCGAAUUUCGAAAAAUUAUCAACUGGUGUUGUUUAUGUGUCAUCUAUGAAUAAUUCAUGUGUAAUGUUUAUAUUGUAAUUUUAAAAAUGUUUUAGCAUAAAUGCGACUUACUAUCUUACAAAUUAUUUUUUAUUAAAAAUUGAAUAUAUAUUUUUGUUAACAUCUAUAAUAUUGUGUGCUCAAUAAAAUAUUAUAAACAGCCAAUAA